AUGGUCCAGACAGAUGUCAGUCAUCGCACCAUCAAUGAUAUGCUCCGUUUGCCUCAUCAGUACAGUCAGUCAGGAGACCUUAUCAUUGGUGGACUGAUGUCUCACCUUUUAUCUUCUUUUGACCACGAAGACUUCAAAGAACAUCAUGCAGUUGAUCAGAUUCUGAAUGUCUUUGUCAUACCGAAGAACUACCAACAUGUUCUGGCUUUGGUGUUUGCUGUAAAGGAAAUCAAUAAGAAUCCAGAGGUCUUGCCCAAUGUUACAUUGGGAUUCCACAUCUGUGACAGUUACUUCAUUGAAAAGAUGACUUAUUGGGCCACUCUGGAGCUUCUCUCCACAUGGGAUAGAUUUCUACCAAACUACAAAUGCAAUGUUCAGAAAAAUUUGCUUGCAGUCAUUGGGGGACUAGAUUUCGAAACUUCCCUCAGCAUGGCAAGUAUCUUAGACAUCUACAAGACCCCACAGAUCAGCUAUGGCUCCUUUGCUCCUGUGGAAGAUGACCAAACCCAGUCUACUCUUUUUUACCGUAUGAUCCCAAAUGAAAGCUGUCAGUACACCGGCAUUAUUGAGAUACUCCUGCAUUUUGGUUGGACAUGGGUUGGAUUCCUUGCUGCAGAUAAUGAUAGUGCACAGAGAUUCAUGCAGAAAUUGCAGCCUCUCCUAACCCAGAGAGGUAUUUGCCUUGCCUUCUCAGAAAGAACUAAACCUGUUUAUUUAGACAAAUAUUAUGAUAUGAUUACCAAAUGGCUCCAGAUUUAUCAAGUGAUUCUCAGAAGCAAAGCUAGUGCUGUGGUUGUCUUUGGAGAAACUGAGCUCAUCUUUUCUUUGAGAGCAUUGCUAGCCGUAGGUGAGUUGGAAAAUAUGACUAGUACUCUUUUGGGGAAAGUGUGGAUUAUGACUGCUCAGUUGGAUUUCGUGGCAGCAAGCCAUCAGAUGGACUGGGAUAUGCAGGUAUUUCAUGGCUCCAUAUCUUUUACAGUUCAUUCAAAAGACGUUCAAGGAUUCAAAACAUUUCUUCUGGCAAAAAAUCCAUUUGAGACAAAUGAAGAUGGCUUUCUAGAGCAGUUCUGGACACAGACAUUCAAAUGCUACAUUUCAGAUUCCAUGGAUGGGCAGAUCACAGAUCCUUGCACUGGAGGGGAGAAGUUGAACAGCCUCCCUUCAUCUAGUUUUGAAAUAACAAUGACUGGCCACAGCUAUAGUGUCUACAAUGCUGUCUAUGUUGUGGCAUAUGCUUUACAUGCCAUAUACAGGCCCACAUCCAAGUCCAAAUACACAGGAUUGGUGAAAGGAGGGAGGCUAGAUCUUCAGAAUUUGCAGUCUUGGCAGCUCUAUCACUUUCUUCAGAGGGUUUCAUUUAACAACAGUGUGGGCGAAGAAAUAUCUUUUCUUAAAAAUAGAGAGCUGGAAGCAGGAUUUGAUAUUACCAACUUGGUCACUUUCCCAAACAACUCCUUCAUGAGAAUCAAAGUUGGAAGGGUCGACCCAGGAGCUCUUCCAGGCCAAGAAUUUUCCAUUGAUAAGGACAAAAUGGUGUGGCAUGGAAGCUUUCAUGAGGUUCCACCCCUCUCUCUGUGUAACAGAAAGUGCCCCUCUGGUUCCAGAAAGAAAAAGAAAGAAGGAGAAAAACCCUGCUGCUAUGAUUGUGCUCAAUGUCCCCAGGACAAAAUUUCAUACCAAGAGGACAUGGAUGACUGUGACGGGUGCUCAGAAGAUCAGUAUCCAAACAAAGACCAAUCACAGUGCAUUCCAAAGAAAAUAAGCUUCCUUUCUAUUAAAGAAUCCCUAGGGAUAAGUCUGGCCUUCUUUUCUCUCUUUUUUACCCUUCUCACAGCUGUCAUCCUAGGCAUCUUUAUUAAGCAUCACCACACGCCAAUUGUCAGAGCUAACAAUAAGAAUCUCACCUAUACUCUCCUUACCUCCCUCCUACUCUGUUUCCUCUGCUCCUUGCUGUUCCUCACCCAGCCAGAAAAAGUAACCUGUUUUCUCAGACAAGUUGCUUUCGGUGUCGUUUUCACAGUGACAGUUGCUUGUGUGUUAGCCAAAACCAUCACUGUGAUUCUGGCCUUUAUGGCCACUAAGCCAGGCUCCAGGUUGCAGAAAUGGUUGGGGAAAAGGGUGGCAAGCUCCAUUGUGUUCUAUUGCUCCCUUAUCCAAGCACUCAUUUGUGCCAUAUGGCUAGGAACCUCUCCUCCUUUCCCUGAUUCUGACAUGCACUCAGAGAUGGGAGAAAUCAUACUUGAAUGUAACGAAGGUUCCAUCACCAUGUUUUAUUGUGUCCUGGGCUACAUGGGUUUCUUGGCCAUUGUCAGCUUUUUCGUAGCAUUUCUAGCUAGGAAAUUGCCAGACAGUUUUAAUGAAGCCAAAUUCAUCACCUUCAGUAUGUUGGUGUUUUGCAGUGUUUGGGUCUCUUUUGUUCCAGUCUACCUGAGCACAAAAGGAAAAUACAUGGUUGCUGUGGAGAUCUUCUCCAUCUUGGUUUCCAGUGCUUCUUUACUUGGUUCAAUCUUUGGCCCUAAAACCUAUAUUAUUCUGUUUCACCCUAAUCUGAAUAAAAAGGAGCAUUUAAUAAAGAGGAAAUAUUGA